UGUGUCUCCUUCCCCCCUCCCCACCACGAGCUGUAACACCAUCAUGGCAGUCUGCAAGGGAAACAGCCUCUUCCCUCGAAACCCCUACUACAUCCCUGGCUAUGGGGGCUACGUUCCUCAGUUCAUCUUCAAGUCUGGGGACACCUAUGGCAGAACCACCCACAAUCUGCUGACAGAUCCCAACAUCAGGAAGAGCCCUCGCUCCCUGCUGGCACCGCUGGACAACAAGGAAAACCUCCUUGAGUUCCAUUACCACACUGAGCACCCAGGAUAUGUCACCUACCAGCCCAUCACAAGCCCUCCUGAAGUGCCCCUGGGGCCGCAGCCGGUGCCCACGCCGGUGCUGGCGGAGCCGAUGGUGACGGGCACGGAGCCCGGGCACUGGCGGUGCCCCCCGGGCGUGCCCGGUGCCCGGCAGGCCUGGCUGCCCCCGGAGCCGCUGCGGGGGCUCGCCCUGCACCCCGAGGCCCAGGAGCUGGAGAGGGAGGUGGCCAAGCCACCCCUGGCCGGUGUCCUGGGAAAAGGGACUGGAACGUGCCAGUGUAACUGUGGAGGGAGCAAAACGCAGCUAGAAACCGGAGGUGUGGCACUGCCAGGAGGGGUUGCAACAGCAGAUUACCCAUUGCCAGUGCUGCCUGUCCCAAAUGCCAUCCGACAGAAAGUCAUUUUAGGGUACACUGGAUAUAUCCCCUGCUCCAUGGACAAUGUUGGCAUGACCUACCUCUUGUCUGUGAAGAAAGCCAUGGAGGAGUUUGACCGUCGCCAGCUUUUGGAGAGAAAUCCACCUUAUACGUUGGGCACGAGAUUCCCCCUGACACACUGGCCGGACACCAAAAUUUACAGCCGUGCUGGACUCAUACCCAACUACACAGGCUUUGUACCAUACCUGCAGGACACCUGCGGGCUCACUUACGGGGACAGCACACGGGAAUCGUACCGGUGUGAACAGAGGAGACGGGGACGUGCACUGUGAAAACUGCUUUAAUGGUGCCUGUACAGCAUCGGGAGUGACUCGGAACAGCAAUAAUAACACAACACAAACAGAA